CCUACCCAGACAGCGUCCACCCUUCCUUCUCCCGCCGCCGCUCCAAAACCCCCACCUCUAAAACCCUCGCCGGCGGCGCACCCCCACCCAAGCUGAGCGGCCAAACCCUCGACAAGCAUCGUCAGCAGCAGCAGCCGCCGGAGAAGUAACCGCCGCCGCCGCGGUGGGAGAGAGAGAGAGAGGGAGAUGGGGAUCUUCGAGCCGUUCCGCGCCAUCGGGUACAUCACGGCCGGCGGCGUGCCCUUCUCCGUGCAGCGCCUCGGCACCGAGACCUUCGUCGCCGUCAGCGUCGGCAAGGCCUUCCACGUCUACAACUGUGCUAAACUGAAUUUGGUCCUUUCUGGACCUCAAUUGCCCAAGAAGAUCCGUGCUCUUGCAUCGUACAAGGAUUAUACAUUUGCUGCGUAUGGAAGUGAUAUCGCUGUUUUCAAACGAACUGAUCAGGUGGUUACUUGGAGCAAACAUGAAGAAAAGAUCAAUAUAUUAUACCCAUUUGGAGAAUACAUUCUAAGUGCAGAUAUUAAGGGGAAUGUAUUUAUAUGGUCCUUCAGAGGAUCAGAGCCAAAUAGUGAGCCUGUUGGGAACAUAUCAUUGGGAGACAAGUUUACACCAACUUGCAUUAUGCAUCCUGAUACUUAUCUAAAUAAGGUCAUCAUUGGAAGCGAAGAGGGUCCCUUGCAGCUUUGGAAUAUCAGCACUAAGAAGAAACUUUAUGAGUUUAAGGGUUGGAACUCAUCAGUAUGUUGUUGUGUUUCUUCACCUGCCCUUGAUGUUGUUGCAGUCGGAUGUUCUGAUGGAACAAUUCAUGUUCAUAAUAUACGAUAUGAUGAAGAGUUGAUGUCUUUCAAUCAUCAAAUUCGUGGUGCUGUGACUGCAUUGUCAUUUCGAACAGAUGGGCAACCUCUUCUGGCCUCUGGAGGAUCGUCAGGUGUUAUUAGUAUAUGGAAUCUUGAGAAAAGGCGCCUUCAUUCUGUUAUCCGGGAGGCCCAUGAUGCUUCUAUAGUUUCACUUCAUUUUUUCGCGAAUGAGCCUAUUUUGAUGAGCUCGGCUUCUGAUAAUUCAAUAAAGAUGUGGAUAUUUGAUACUAAUGAUGGAGAUGCUCGUUUGUUACGAUUUCGAAGUGGCCAUAGUGCUCCACCACGGUGCAUUAGAUUCUACGGCAAUGGAAAAUGCAUCUUAUCUGCUGGUCAAGAUCGUGCCUUUCGCCUUUUUUCAGUUGUCCAGGAUCAACAAAGCAGAGAACUUUCUCAAAGACAUGUGUCAAAAAGGGCAAAAAAGCUUGGAUUAAAGGAGGAAGAGAUCAAGCUGAAACCAGUUAUUGCAUUUGAUUGUGCUGAGAUACGCUCACGUGAUUGGUGUAACGUUGUUACCUGCCAUACGGAUACUCCACAAGCGUAUGUAUGGCGUCUACAGAACUUUGUCAUUGGGGAGCAUAUUCUGACACCGUCAUCAGGCAGCAAGUCACCAAUUAAGGCUUGUGCAAUAAGUGCAUGUGGAAAUUUUACUUUCUUGGGCACUGAAGGUGGCUGGAUCGAAAAAUUUAACCUGCAAUCGGGGAUUAGUCGUGGCAGUUAUAUUGAUACAUCGUUGGCAAUUAAGCGUGCACAUGACGGAGAAGUUGUUGGAUUAGCGUGUGAUGCUACAAAUGGCUCUCUUAUUAGUGCUGGAUACGGUGGUGAUAUUAAGGUUUGGGAUUUUAAAAGUUGCAAGCUAAAAUCCAGACUGGAUAUUGGUAAAUCUGUCACCAAGAUUGCAUACCACCGGGCAAAUGGUCUUCUUGCUACUGUAGCAGAUGAUAUGGUGCUUAUAUUGUUUGAUACAGUAGCAAUGAAAAUGGUCCGUAGAUUCGAAGGCCAUACGGACCGUGUUACUGAUUUGUGUUUCAGUGAGGAUGGAAAAUGGCUCAUCUCAUCGAGUAUGGAUGGGACUCUUAGAAUAUGGGAUAUCAGUUUAGCAAGGCAGAUUGAUGCAAUGCAUGUCGAUGUAUCUAUAACAUCUCUCUCUAUGUCUCCUAAUAUGGAUGUGUUGGCAACCACCCAUGUUGAUCAAAAUGGUGUCUAUCUUUGGGUUAAUCAAGCUUUGUUCUCACCAUCAACAAAUGUUGAUAAUUAUUCAAGUGGUAAACAUGUCAGAAAUGUGCGUUUGCCCACUGUUUCAUCAACAGAAAAAUCUGAGGAAGAGCCCAUUCAUAGUUCAGAAGAUUCAAAAGAAAGUAAAGUUAAACCUUAUGUUAUAAUGGAUCACCAAAUACCAAAUAUGAUCACCCUCUCUUUGCUUCCCAAGAGUCAAUGGCAAAGUCUGGCGAAUCUUGACAUUAUAAAGGUUCGGAAUAAACCAAUUGAGCCACCAAAGAAACCUGAGAAGGCGCCUUUUUUCUUGCCCACAGUUCCAUCCCUUUCGGGGGAGAUAUUAUUUGAGCCUGCGGCGAACAGUAAAGAAACAGACAGCAGUACUGAGGACACAAGUCACAAAAAAAUGGCUGACCUCUCCUCUCACUUUAGUCGGCUGUUACAAUCCUGUGGAGAUACAAAGAAUUAUUCGGCAUUUACUGACUACCUAAAAGGCUUAUCACCAUCAUCUUUAGAUAUGGAACUACGAGUGCUACAGUUAAUCGAUGAUGAGCCACAAAAUUUGGAGCAGAGACCUGAACUUCAAUCCAUUUCAUUGCUGUUGGACUACUUCAUACAUGAGCUUUCCUGCAGGAAUAACUUUGAGUUUGUUCAGGCUGUUCUCAAAUUGUUUUUGAAGAUACAUGGUGAAACGAUACGGCGUCACUCAAUGCUUCAGGACAAAGUGAAGAAGCUUCUAGAUGUCCAGAGCUUAGUUUGGCAGAAGAUAGACAAAGUGUUUCAGAGUGCACGAUGCAUGGUUACAUUCCUCAGCAACUCACAGUUUUAGUAGCAGGUUGGUGUGGGGCUUCUUUGUGGCUGCUGUACCAUUCUCUUCUGUCUUACCAUACCGUCUGUCAUGGACUCAGGGAUUCAGGGUAAAGCUACAAGGCGUCUGCGUGCUGUUAACAACGAUAUGCACCAGCAGUACUUCAGGAUCAUGAGACAACAAUUUUGUAGUUCUGUUAUUUAUUGUUGCAUUCUUUUGUAACAUAUUGAAUUACUGAUGUAUCGACACCGUUUUGCAACAAAAAAGAAAAGGAAUGUCAUGAUUGAUAUUUUAAUU